AUGCACGUCCCUAUUAUCUUCCAGACACUUUUAAUUAUCCCGUAUAUUGGUAAAUAUUAUUGUUCCCCCAUCGAAGACAAGGAAAGCAAAUCAGAAGAAGAAAUCCAGCACGCGCUGGACAACAACAUCGAUUCCUUAGGACUACUGCUUCAUUCAAUCUCUGUGUCUUCGAAUUUGACCACCGGCGAUCCUGAACUUGACGCUCUUUUCCAGGAUGACUUAAUUCCGGAAUUAUACAGUAUUUUAGAAGGUUUAUAA